AUAUUCAUAAUCUAGUUAUAGUUGAAAAAGAAAAUACAAUUGAUGAACUAAUUAGCGAUAGUGACAAGAAAAAUCUAAGCAGUGAAUUGAUUAGCAAAGAUAGAAAAGAAAAUGAUAUUAGUGAGACAAUUAGUGAAAAUGAAAACAUAAUUAAUUUAAUACCUCUUCAUGAAAGGCACUCGGGUAUUAUGCUUGCUAAUACUGUCUAUACUAUUAUUAAUAAUUUUGGUCUUGGUGAUAAAAUUAUAGCUGUGACUACAGACAAUGCUUCAAAUAUGAAUGUGUUUGAAAAUAAACUUGAACAAUUACUUUUAAAUAAUCAUACCAAUACAUUAUUUCAUCAUGCUAGAUGUGCUGCGUAUAUUCUUAACUUGAUAGCAAAAGAUGGUCUUAAUGAAGCAAGAAUUUUAGUUAAAAAA